CCGUUGCCGGCAACCGCGUGCCACGCUUACCGUCGUCGCCGUUUGUGCGUGCAUGUGCUCGGUGUACCAUACAGAAAAUAAUAUUAAUAAUAAUAAUUUUCGAUAUUAUAAAGGAAGAGUAGAAAGACAAAAAAAAGAAACCUUUAAAAAUCCAUACGCAGACAACAGUUUUUCGAUGACGGGCAAGAAGGCGCCGGAGCUUUAACCGUCGCCGGUAGAAUACGAAAAAUAGCCACCAAUGACCGGUCAGGAGGUCGCCAACAUGCGGCUGGCGUGCACGCUAAUCGCGGUAAACGCUCUGUUCGUUGACUUGGCUCAUGGUCACGCGAACGUCACGCCGACAGUUUCUUCGAUUCGAAAUUCAACCGACAUUGCAGAUUACGACGAAACGGCCAACAUGACCGAUGAGGAAUACCAGAACUAUGUGGUGGACUACGUGACGCCUAAGAAGCCCGAAUGGGUGCUCAUAGUCAUGCACGCCGUUGUGUUUGUAGUAGGACUCAUUGGCAACGCUCUGGUGUGCGUGGCAGUUUAUAGAAACCGAACGAUGCGGACCGUUACAAAUUACUUUAUCGUCAACUUGGCUGUAGCCGAUUUCCUGGUGAUUUUGAUUUGCUUGCCGCCCACCGUGCUGUGGGACGUGACGGAAACUUGGUUUAUGGGGACGUUGGCGUGCAAGCUGGUUUUGUACUUUCAGACUGUGUCGAUUACCGUGUCUGUUAUGACGCUCACAUCGAUAUCCAUCGAUCGGUGGUACGCCAUUUGUCAUCCGCUCAAGUUCAAGUCGACCACGGGUAAAGCCAGAACCGCGAUCGUCAUCAUAUGGAUCAUUGGCCUGCUGUCGGACAUGCCUGAGCUAUGGGUGUUGAAGACUAUCAACCAUGGUGGACCGAGGUUGGCCGACAGCGUCUAUCUGACCCAGUGUUACGCCCUUUGGAGCCAAGAAUCUGAGACUAUUUACCAGGUGGCGAAAAUGAUACUACUCUACGUGUUACCAUUGUCGCUAAUGUCCAUCACUUACUAUCAAAUCGUCCGGGUGCUCUGGAGAUCCGACACCAUACCCGGUCACACGGAAACCGUGCAGAUGUUCAACUCACACGGUCAAAACGGGGUCAACCGGACGGCAAAUGUGGGAUGUGCUAGUAGCAUGACACAGAUAAAAGCCAGAAGAAAGGCCGCUAAGAUGCUGGUAGCUGUGGUGAUAAUGUUCGCUUUGUGUUUUUGUCCUGUACACCUGAUGAACCUGUUGAGAUACACUAUUGGAAUUCGGCAGACAGAAUUGAUGGCGUUGGUGACGAACUUUACACACUGGCUGAUAUACGCCAACAGUGCGGUCAACCCGUUGAUUUACAAUUUCAUGAGUGGAAAAUACCGAAACGAAUUCAAGAGACUGUUCUUGUGCUUUGGAAUGGACAGACAGAACCGGCUGCGCAGGGGAAAUCACACUUCUAGGAGUGGCACUUACAUUUGCCGGUUUACGAUGACCACCAUGAAAACGGAAAACGUCAGCUUCGGGCUUUCGCCGGAGGACGUGCAGUAAAAGUCGUGGACAGAUGCAGAAUGUGGUCACAAAAGAUUGUUUGGAGUUGACAGCGAUUGAAAAUCACAUGGGCAAAAUAGAAGUCAACUCAAACACCCUCUCUAUCACGCCCAACCCAUCUAUAAAAAAAAAAAUGUCAAAUUUUCACUCUCAACCCAAGUCUAAACCGAAUCAAUCAUUUUGUGUAAAUUCUUAGAAUAGACCCAUUAAAAUAGUAUUUUCGGAGUGUCCGAUACAAUAAUGAUAUAUUAGUGCAUACAUUGACACAUCUCAUUCCGAACAAAAUAAAUAUAAUUUUCUGGCCUUUUUUCGCUUAUCUCGCGAGAAAUUAUCUUUUCUUAUUAUGUCUGUGAUCUUUUUUUGAAUAGCAUACAUUAUUGAGCAAUGAUCACAUUAUACAAUUAUCUUCUUGUUAAAAAAAAAAAAUCAAAACACAUAAUAUACUUUUUUAUUAAACAUUAGACAAGACAUUAGACUAUUAUAUUUAUUACCUAUUUAAUAUGAAUCAUAUUCUAUUUUAAAUUCAUAAACAUGUCAAAGCUCUUUUGCAGACAAACAAUAACAAAUUAAACUCGUAUUAUGUUUUUUUUUUUUUAAAUUCUACUACAAAACCAAAACUCGCGUCUUAUUUACACACCUCAGACUGUAUGUGUAAAAACGUCAUUUACAUUAAGACUCGUAAAGACAUAUGGUGUCUGCAAAUCGAAUAUUGGCUCUAAUUGUAUACAGAGUGAUCGUUUAAGGUUGUAUACUACUUUUCAAAAAUAACUGAAAUAUGAUAAUUUUGCUUUUUAAGCGGAUCAAUUUACAACACUAAUUAUAGUUCAAGUUCCAAUUUAAAUGUAUUUUUCCCUGCUACAUAAUAGUUCGACUACGAGGAAUAGUCAGUAUGGGAAAACCGAUGAUUUAUAAUUGUUUUGUAGUGAUAAUUUAGGCGUUUUCUCAAAUUUCACCAUCUAGAUUAAUUUUUCUCGAUAGAUUUUUUUCGCUCCAGCCCGUUUUAGCCACAUUUUGAGAAACUCUUAAAGCGGUUUUGAAAUUAAAUUAAAAAAUAUAUAAUAUAUAAUGUACAGUUAUUUCUCGAUUUAUCUAAUAGGAUACUUACAUUUAAAAUAACUUUUUAAGUAAUAGAAUCAUCUAAUCUAUUAUAGAUGUAUUGUUGAAGUUGUAAAUCUUAAUUAUUCGUAUCCCGGAGUAAUCCUAGUAAUCAUUAUAAGUGACUUACUUGUAUAUAAUCUGUGUUUGUUUCCUCGGCACGUUUGUCGGUUUUUCUUUGUCGCAACCUUCCUCAGUGUGCGACAUAGGUUUUUUCCACCAUAAUAUGUACUUUUUCUUAAAAAAAAAACCCCCCCGUUAAGUGGGAAAAAACUAAUACUUACAUACUAUACUAUACUACUGUGUCGAUUGUGUGUAAAAAGUGUUAUAUAAAAUACAAACAUUGUGUUAUAUUAAAUUACGUUUGUUUGUUUAUAUCAUAGUCAUAAUUAUA